AGCACAUCCUUUUCUUAAGUUUUGGGCUGGGGUUCGGUCUUUCCCCAAAUUAGACUUCUUUGCUGAUUCAAUUUUCAGCAACUUAAAUCCGAGUGUAUGUGUAUAUUCAACAUUUACGGAUCAAAUCAGAUUCGAAGAAUUUCAAAAUAAAUUCUCAUCGGAUCUGGGAGAAAAAUUAAUUGAUCGCUAGUAAAUCUCUGUUUUUGUUUUUUCCUUCCCCGAGCCCUAAUUUAAGGAGAUGGGAGUUGGGGGGGAGGUGGGGGAACUUCUCGCUUUUAUCUAAUUACCUGAUUUUCCUGGGCUGUGAAAUUGUUUACACGAUCAAGGAUCUGUUCUUGUUUUCUUACGUUUAUAUGGUAUACAUAUUGUACUGAUUGAGUCAUAAAUUAGUUUCCUAACCGGCCACCUCCCUAUGCUAGUUGUUGUAUCGGAUUUGAGUCAAAGUAAAAAAACCCCCUUAGGCUGCUCCUCCGUAGUUGAGAUGGAAGAAUGUGAAUCCCAACUGUCUCCCACAGUUUACGACCUCGACGUCGAAGAAGGUGAGAUCUCCGAUUCUGCUUCUUCUGUUGAGGAAAUUAGCGCUGAGGCUUUCAGCAAGAAAGACCGCUUCCCUGCCGCCGCCGCUGUCCCCGAUUCGGACUCCUCCGCCGCUCCUCCUCCGCCUCCCCCUCCCAAGGAUGUAAAUGUCAAUCCAGCCAAUAGUAAUAAUUCCUCCAAUAAUUACCAUAACAGUAUCAAUAAUCAUAACGCUAAUCAAAAUCAAAAGCCUAGGGUUUGGACGAUGAGGGAUCUAUAUAAGUAUCAGCUUUCCAGGAAUUAUUCGGCUGGCCUGUACAAUCUGGCUUGGGCUUCCGCCGUCCAGAACAAGCCUUUGGACGAGAUUUUAGUCAUGGAGUUCCCCAAAGCUUCUUCUGAUAACAAUGCCAGCAAUUCUAAUUUGAAGCGGGAUGGGUCGGAUAAUAGCAGCAGCAGCAGCAACAACCGCAACCACCACGACUACCACCACCACGUCGCUAACAAGAAUUCUAGCAGUAUUGAUGACAGCAAGGACGGGGUUUCUGCUGCUUCCCCGAGUGAGAAGCAUGUCAUUCAAGUGGACGAGAAGGAGGAGGGGGAGUUGGAAGAAGGGGAAAUUGAUAUGGAUUCUGAGAUGGGUGAAACUGAUGGGGAUGUGAGCAAGGAGAAUCUAUCCGGGGCUGUCAAGGAUAAAGAGGCUGUCUUGGAGAAGCAGGUUGAUUUGCUUAGAAAAGGGUUUGAGAGUGUGACUGCGAACGAGGCUGAAAAAUCAUUUGGUGAAGUAUCAUCCAGAGUGCAAAACCUAUUGGACAGUAUGCAGGAAAUAGCUGAGAACAACAUCUUGACUACAAAAGAUGUUCUUGUGCAACUCGUGAUUACUGCUAUUAAGACUCUGAAUGCUGUCUUCUGCUCCAUGGAUCUUAAUAAGAAGGAAUCCAGCAAGGACAUUAUGUCAAGGUUGUUAGCUCAUGUGUCAAGCCAAAAGUAUCUGUUCUCAGCUGAGCAGUUGAAAGAGAUAGAAGCUAUGACUUCUCUUCUGGAUUCUUCAUCGGAAACUUUGAGUUCUAUGGAUGCUAAUAGGAAUAAUGAAAUGCGAGAAUUAAGUGUGGUUUCCAAGAAUGAUCUGGAUAGUUCUGCGGAAAAUAUGAAAAGAGUGCCGGAAAAAGUGUUUAAUGUAGAUUCCAUUUCUGUUGAGUCAUCUGAUCAGCCUGUGCCACCAGCAUUGCUAGAAUAUGGAAAAUUGGGAGUAGCUAAUUCUAAGUAUAAAGGUUUGUCUCUUCCUUUGCUGGACCUUCACAAGGACCAUGAUGCUGAUAGUCUUCCUUCACCAACUCAAGGAGCACCGUCUUGUUUGCCCAUCGUAAAGGGGUUUUCAGUGGGACAUGGGUUGUUGAAACCGGAGUGGCCUGUUCCUAGAGUAGCUCUUGAGAGAGAGAAUGUCCCAAUGCAUCCUUAUGAAACUGAUGCUGUUAAGGCUGUUUCUUCCUAUCAGCAGAAGUUUGGCGGAAGUUCGUUUCUUAUGAAUGACAGGCUUCCAAGCCCAACCCCUUCUGAAGAUGGUGAUGGUGGGGAUGGUGACAUUAGUGGGGAGGUCUCUAGCUCUUCUAGCAUGGAUGUGAAGCCUGUGGACACAUCAAUGGUGGGGCAGCUCACUGCUUCUGAUGCUCCCAAGAUUGGCAUUCUUACGGGACAAGGACUUGCAAAUUUGUUGAAUGCUCCCUCCUUGAGUUCAGGACCAAGUUCUUCAAUGAAAACCUCAUCUGCAAAAAGUAGAGAUCCUAGGCUUCGACUGGCUAAUUCUGAUGUGGCUUCUUUGGAUCGGCUUUUGCCUGUAGUCAAUAGUGAACCUAAGGUGGAGCCUGUUGGGGGCAUGAUAAGUUCAAGAAAGCAGAAGACAAUUGAAGAACAGGUUAUGGAUGGUCCUGCUUUAAAAAGGCAAAGAAAUGAGCAAACUGAUUCCUCAGUUGUGAAAAGUGUGCAGACGGUGAGUGGAACUGGUGGUUGGUUGGAGGAUAGAGGUACAGCUGUUUUAGGGGCAACAAAUAGAAGCCAUGCACUGAAUAGCAGCGGAAAUGAUCCUAUGAGGCCUGAAUAUGCUGUAACUCCACUCAGUUCUGGAAGCAGUUUGGCCAAUGUAACAGUCAAUGGAAACAAGAAUCUGCCGCUGACUAAUCCUGGUGCAACAGCUUCAUUGCAUUCUCUUUUGAAAGAUAUUGCUGUAAACCCAUCUAUAUGGAUGAACAUAAUUAAGAUGGAACAACAAAAAUCUGCUGAUCCUACUAGAAGUACAAGUCAGCCUACAUGCUCAAAUUCCAUUAAUGGGUCAGUGAAUGCAGUUGUUUCUAAACCCCGGGACCUUGGCCAACAAGCAGCAGGGACACUCCAGGUGACUUCACAAACAGCUUCAGUGGCAGAACCAGGUAAAGUUCGCAUGAAACCUCGUGAUCCCCGUCGUGUUCUUCACAAUAACACGCUUCAAAAAGGCGGGAGCAUGGAAUUUGAUCAAUCUCAAAGCAAAAGCAGUACAUCAAGCAAUCUAGAGAUGGUUGGUAACAUGAAUUUCCAGAUACAAGAUGAUCAGCUUGACAGAAGGGUUGUGCCUUCUAAUUCCAUUGUUCAACCAGAUAUUGCUCAGCAGUUCACUAAAAAUUUGAAAAAUAUUGCUGAUAUUGUUUCUGUUUCUCAAGCAACUUCAUCUCAACCUGCCCUUCCUCAAAUAUCUUUGUCACAACCUUCUCAAGCUUAUCAAGGUAGGACAGAGACGAUUGGAAUGCUGGAGUCAGGCAAACCACAAAGUGGGCCUGGCUUGUCAUCCAAAGAAGUUUCUAUGGGUUCCUCUCGACCACAGAACAACUGGGAUGAUGUUGAGCAUCUCUUUGAGGGAUUCGAUGACCAGCAAAAAGCUGCCAUCCAUAGAGAGAGAGCUAGAAGAAUGCAAGAGCAGAGGAAAAUGUUUGCUGGGCGGAAACUCUGCCUGGUCUUGGAUCUGGAUCAUACUCUCCUAAAUUCAGCGAAGUUUGUUGAAGUGGAUCCAAUGCAUGAUGAGAUAUUGAGGAAAAAGGAGGAGCAAGACCGUGAAAAACCACACAGGCAUUUAUUCCGGUUUCCUCACAUGGGAAUGUGGACUAAAUUGCGGCCUGGGAUCUGGAAUUUUUUGGAAAAGGCUAGUAAGCUGUACGAGCUACAUCUCUACACGAUGGGAAACAAGCUGUAUGCCACAGAGAUGGCAAAAUUGCUUGAUCCAAAAGGGGAGUUGUUUGCUGGCCGAGUCAUUUCCAGAGGGGAUGAUGGGGAUCUUUUGGAUGGUGAUGAAAGGGUUCCUAAGAGCAAGGAUUUGGAAGGGGUUAUGGGUAUGGAGUCAGCUGUUGUCAUUAUAGAUGAUUCUUUGCGAGUCUGGCCGCAUAAUAAGUUAAACUUGAUAGUUGUUGAAAGGUAUAUUUUCUUUCCAUGUAGUCGGCGCCAAUUUGGGCUUCCUGGUCCUUCUCUUCUUGAGAUCGAUCACGAUGAGAGAUCAGAAGAUGGGACGCUGGCAUCUUCUUUGGCAGUUAUUGAGAGAAUACAUGAAAUAUUUUUUGCACAUCAGUCCUUGGAUGAAGCUGAUGUUAGAAACAUCUUAGCCUCAGAGCAGAAGAAGAUUUUGGCUGGUUGUCGGAUUGUAUUUAGUAGGGUAUUUCCAGUUGGUGAAGCCAAUCCACACUUACAUCCUCUUUGGCAGACAGCUGAACAGUUUGGGGCUGUGUGCACCAACUCCAUAGAUGAACAGGUCACCCAUGUUGUUGCCAACUCACUUGGAACGGAUAAGGUAAAUUGGGCGCUUUCGUCUGGGAGAUUUGUCGUGCAUCCUGGCUGGGUUGAAGCAUCAGCUUUACUUUACCGCAGAGCAAAUGAGAAGGAUUUUGCUAUUAAACCAUAAAUCAUCCACAUCACAAUCCUUCCCUCUGGAACAGCAACUGCAUUAUGGAUGAUGACCUUGAGAGAGCUGUUGCUCGACCUGGCUGUCUAUUGAGCAAUGGAAAUGACCCAAGAUUGAUGGUUGGUUUUACCUGGCUGCCUGCCCAAAAAAUUCCUCAAAGCACCUUCCUAAAAAUAUGGAAAAUCUAAUUAAAAGUGGAAAUGGGGUUGGGAAACUGCUGUUGAUAUAACAUGGAGAAUCAUACAAUGCAGAUGCAUAAAAUCUUUAUGAAACUGACUAAUUGAUAUACCCGGUGAUCUUAAAUAAGGGAUCCAACCAAAAGAAUUGGCAAAUUCGUUGGAAGGAUUUAAUUACUGGUCUUCCUGGUGAAUCCAAAGAAAAGGAACCAUAUGCUAACAUUUUAAUGAGAGUUUGCCCAUGUUUAAAGAGUUAAUUUCGUGAGCUGGUUAGCUUAGUUAAUAAUUCGAUAUAGUUAUUGAUUUGGACAAAGUGAACAUUCUUCUUUUGGCCGGCAUACGCCUGUUGUUUCUUGUUUUUGUUGUGUUUUUUUUGGUGCUGUAAUUGUGAGAAGCAAAAACUGCAUCCAAGUUAUGGAGAAACGGGGAUGCGGGGGCGUUUAAAAUUUUAGUGCUGUCAAGGGGUGCUCUGGCAUUGAAGAGGUUCCCUGCUAAAGUGCCCUUCUUAGUGAGGGAAGAAUCUGAUGUCUAAUUAGAGUUUUAUGACUGCCUUGGGAGGCUUUGGUUACGAUGGCAAUUGUACCGCACGUAGUGUUUCUAAAGAUGGGACAAGCUGCACGCACUGAAGCUGAAAGCAGCAGGGUUUCAUCCACGGUCGGCAGGUUACAACCUUCAGAAGCGACUUAUGAUCUCAACAACAUACCUUGACUCAUGUCGAUAAUUAGAGUUGAACCCAUCCAAACGUUUUCUUUAAAACAACAAUGGAGGAAGUUCUUUGAUCGUUGUUGACAAAA